GUGGAGUCACGAAGGCGGCGGGAUGAGGAAGAUAGGGACGAUCGAGAUGUUCAGUCUUGACCUUGGACUAGUGCCUUCGACGAACCGACCCGAGCGAAGGAAAACGCGUACCGAUAGUCACGCGUUUCGCCUCGGGCACGGCGCGAUCAUACGACCGCCUUCUCAUCCCGCAAUCACGAACGACUUCGCUGCGCGCGCCUCCUUUAUGGCAUGGAUCGACUCCGUCCUCGCGUCCCUGCUUCACAACGUGUUUCUCCCUCUAAUCGUGCUCAGCCUUUGCCUCAGGUACGCGCUCCAGCGAGACUACACCGCGCGGCGACUCAAGUUCCAAGCGUGGCUCUCCAACUACAUGUCGUACCGGGAAACGGGUGCCAUGCUGGAGGCUAAGGAGAUCCUCUUCGGCAAGCUAGAGUCGAUCGUCUCGCAGGACUGGUACCUGCGCAACCUGGGGCUCAUACGGAUACUCGAGAUCGGCGCGGGCUCCGGUUCGAAUCUCGCCUUCUACCCGCGCAACUGCCACCUCGUUGCGGUGGACAGCAACCCGUUCACGGCGUCUUAUCUGCGCCGAAAGUUGGCCCGCGUUCCCGUGCUCCUCGAGAUGUUUCUGGUGCAGAACGGGGGCUCGCUGAACAACGUCAAGAGUUGCUACGUGGACGCUGUUGUCACGACGCACGUGCUCUGCGGCGUCAAGGACUUGGACGCCGUGCUCAAGGAGAUCGCCCGCGUGCUGGCGCCGGGCGGCAAAUUCUUCUAUGUGGAGCACAUGCGACACAAUCCAGGCGACUGGCGUCGCUACGUGCAGAUGCUCGUCGACCCGCUCUGGCGGAGGAUCUUCAACGGCUGCAGCCUGACUCGGGAGUUGCACGACGGCAUCCAGAAGUCGGCGCAUUUUGCUUCGGUGUCACAGUGCAAGGUGUACUCUGCGCGGAGCAAGUUUGUCGGCAUUUUCCUCAACCCCGUUCUAGUGGGUAUCGCAACUAAGAGGGAGUUUGUGCGGAGGAGGCCAAUGAAGUUGAGCAAUGCAUUUCUGGCUGCACGGGCAAUGUAGAGAGUGGGUG